CGUCAGGUUUUCCUGGCACAUCUACUAUUUUGUUUUUUUGCAUACUAAUUUGUCGGAGAAAGCGGAAUCUUCAAUUUUCGUCAAAAAUUGUAGUGCUUCGUUCACCAUGCUUCCCAACACUAUUUCAUCACAAAAGCGUAAGCAUUCGAGCGAAUACCAUGAUCCGGAUUACAUACGAUUGUAUUCAAGUCCAUAUAAAAAGUUGCGCCAUGGUGAAUCUAAUAUUAUGGGAAAAAACGUAUUUUUAACACCCACGAAAACUAAAUUGAAAUGUAUUUCCGAAAUAAUUUCAAAUGAGUUUCAAAAGGAAAUAUCUUUAAAACAAGAACAUUUAGCUGCGAUUGAAAAACGUUUAGAUCAAGCUCGCUCUUUGUUGGAUCGUUUGCGGUAUGUAAUUGUAUCAGACUAUUACCAGAAACAAGACUUAUCAAUAUCAGCAUAUGAUACCCUAGCAAUUCGUGGAAAAGAAACUCUUUUCGAAAAAGAGGUUCAUGGUCUUCAAAUAGCACUGCACCCAUCUUUUAAAAAAAGAAUGGGAGACUACCCCAACAAAAUGUAUGAAGUUACACAACGUUCUCUACCUGAGCGUGUAGCGGCUCAAAAUGCAUUGAACACCUUACGAUCCCGAUCUCAAUCACAAAAACACCAAAAAAAAUGUUUAAAACAAUCAAUAAAAGAUCAAGGUUUAGUGAUACAUCAUUCAAAAGAAAAAGAAAUACCGAUUGUAGAUGAAGUUAAUACAUUUGAUCAAAUGAGAUCUCACAAUAAUGAUUUCACAGAUUUACAAUCAUCUAAAACCGGUAAGAUGGCUAGUUUUAUUCAAUCAGAAACUAGAAAAUCAUUGAAUUCAGCUCGUUUUAACAACAAAACAAAACAUCUUGUUGUUAUAGGAAAUACUUCAACGUAUAUAGGAGGAGAAGUAGAUGCUAGAGCUGAAGUAAAAAUAUCAAGCGAAAAUAUGUUAACCCAUAAAUGGUUAGUUUAUGUGCAAUCAAAAGAUGCUAAAAUUAAUUUAGAAUCCUUUAUAAAAAAAGUUCGUUUUCAUCUUCACCCUUCAUAUCGCCCAAAUGACAUAGUAGACAUUAGAACGGCGCCUUUCCAAAUAGCCCGCAGAGGGUGGGGUGAAUUUCCAAUGAGAAUUCAGCUCUUCUUUCAUGAACAUCUACAACAAAAGCCUGUACAACUUAUACAUAAUGUGGUACUUGAUCGUACGUUAAGUGGAAUGCACACUCUUGGUUCAGAGACCUUAAUGGAAAUUUGGAUUCGUUCUGAUAUUAUAAUUACCAAAGCAAAAGAUGAGCCGUUGUUUGAUGUAAAGAAAAACGUCUAUGAAAAUAUACAACCGUUUACAAGUGAAAAUAUUUUUGAAACAGGCGAAAGAGAUCAUGGAAAUAACACGAAGCAUCGUAAAAUAUCCUUCACAAAUAACAAAGAAGAUUUAGACGAUAAUUUAUUCGGGGUUUUUAACAUGGAUUCAGCUUCUGCUGAUAUUACAAAAAUAGAGCCAUCAGUUGUCGUAAACGAACAGCUUGCAAAUAUUUCAAAUAAUAGUCCGAUUAAAAUAAUCUGCAAGAGUCUCCAAAAGUCAGACUGUUCAUCAAAUAAUGAAAUAAAUGACUCCCCUCUAAGCAAAGAUAAGAUAGUAUGCGCGAAUAGUGGUGAAAUAUCGGAACUGAACAGUAAAAGGACUAGCGAAGAAGAAAUUUUUACAAAAAGUGUUAUUGUUAGUCAAUCCUCUACUUCAAAUAUUAGUAAUACUCGAUGUAAUAUAUCAAACCUUAGAUAUGCAAAAAUUGUCAACACAAAAUCGACAAAUAAAAAUUCUGACAUAAGUAAAGAAGUUGUUACUACUAUAAAAAGUAGUAAAUCAAUGCAGCUCACAACUCCUAUGAUAAUGAAGCUUUCAACUACAAAUGUGGCCAAUGCCCAUCAAGUUUCAAACACUAACAGAAACAAUAAUAAUAUUGUUGCAUUAAGUAAAGUAGGAAAGUUUAUGCCAUUAAAGAUUACAAAUAUGAAUAAAUUUGUCGCGCUAAAUAGUAAUUCUGCUUUCGCAAAUAUGCCUGUGGAGAAUGCAGAUGAAAAAACUGUGUUGCAAAAGAAAUUGGUACAGUUGGUGGAUGCGGAGGGCAAAAUAAAAUUUAUGCAAGUUUUAGUGGCUACAACACAAAAACCAGUAGGGGACGCGAAAAUGGGAAGCUUAUUAAAUGGAACUGCUGACUCGUCUCAAAAUUUGGAUAGUGUAUUAUCUGAAUCAAGAAAGAAAAAUACAUUUACCGACUCCUCUUUGGCGAUGGAAAAGCAUGCCUCAAAACUAUUAACCGUUUCAAAUGAUGUUAAUCGUAGCAAUUUUUUAGUGACAAAUAAUAAUGGUAAUUUCCUUGCAACAAACAACAUAUACAAUUCAAAAAGUAAAAAUAAUUCUGUAAGCUCUCAAAAACAAAUGGUUUUUCAAAAAGGAGGAAAAUUAUUCAUUAUUGACCCCUUACAAAUGAAAUUGAAGCAGGAACGAAAGAAACAAGUUUCCUUAUUGAAACCGCAAACCAAUUUACAGAGGCAACAUCAACAGCAGAUGCCAAAGCAAAAAGUACAACAUAAAGCUCUACAAAGUAUGCUAUAUGAUCAUGAUUAUACACACUCUUCGGUAAAACUUAGUAAAGACAACAUCACAUUAAGCAAUCCAGAAAUGAUAUCAGGAUCAAUUAAAUCACAUGUACCGGAACUCCAUUUGGGUAUAAGGCAAACACGGGCCAAAGCAAGUAGUGCGUUUGAGCUUCUGCAGCAGUGUAGAAGUAAAUUCGAACAAGAGUUUUUGAAUCAAAAUUAUAAUUCAAUGAAUUCCGCUAUAGACUACAUAUUACGACACUUACCUCUUAUUUCACCCAAAAAUACUUUAGCAUCCGCUUUCUCUUUCGUAAGCAAUAGCGAAAAGGAAUUCGACUUAAUGCCCGUUUUAAAACAACGCGCAUGCGAAUGGUUGCGCGCUAAAUACAUCACUUGCUUUGUUCGCAACCACAAAUAUUUAAAAGCGAUUACUUCUAAUAACAAAUGGCGGUUUUGGAGCACACGUGAAGUACUAGUUUAUGCUCGUUAUCACGCAUUCACCCCAAAGAUGAAGUCAUUUGACAUAACUCUAUCCUACCCGGUGCAAGUACAAAAUAUGCCUGACCAGCUUACUGAACCAGAGAAAUUACAAACUGAUAAUCUAUUGCAAGGACAUGACUUUUCACAGUUUGUCAAAAACGAAGUUAAAUUCGAGCAGAAGUAUAUACAGUAUGAAUCAAUAACUCCAAAACAUCGUAUUACAUCUUGGCUCGAUUGUGGGUGCCAAAAUAUUAUUGACCAAGAAACUGGUGUAGAAUUCUCCGAGGAGCCAAUUGAUAUCAUUAGUAUAUCGAUGUCAAAGAAUCGUAACAGAUUUAAUAUAGAACAUCUACGAUCAAAUCCAAAUCGUUGUGAACAAGAACAGCAGUUCUAUUUAGCAAUCCCGGAACACCUAGAAAAGUCUUCUCAACUUGUAAGCGAUAUUUGCAGAGAUUUUAAUAUACAACUGCAACCGGAACAAAUUGGUGGAAAUUUAAUAUAUCCUUUAGCGCAAACAGUAUUGUCCCAGUGUUUAAACACAUUCAUUGAAAAAAUUAUAAGACGUGCAGUAGCCUCAAAGCAAAAUCCACCAACUACUGAUAGUCUGAAUAUCACAACGCAAGAUAUUGGGAAUGUUUUGGUUCGGCACGCUGAGUUUGACUUUCUAACAAACAAAUAUUUUGGAAUUCAUAAAGAUAAUAGUCGCUAA